GCCACAGAUAUGCAACGUGUGGCGUCGUUCCCACCGCCCACCGCCUACGGCACCCGCAAACACACCAGCCACACGGGCACAAAUGGAAGGAGGGUCGGCCCUGGCCUCUCUCUAUCUCGUGGAGCUUCUUUCACCCUCUCCUUCUGCCAUCUUUCAGCUCUCCUCGUCUCGUUUUCUGCAUUGCGCGUGGCAAGUCUUCUUCUUUUACAGAGGGCUACGCCUGCUUGAUCUCUUUCUUCUCUUGUUUUGUGCUCCUUGCCAGCGGCCAUCUCUUGUUGUGUUGACCCGACUGUCUCCUUUGUCUUGUGCCACCUUGCCCGAUCAUCGCGCAAACCGAAUCAACAACGUCUCGACUCAGCGACUGCGGCCGACUCCCCCAUCGAUAACGCUAUAUUUAGUGUAGUUUCAUCUUGACUGUCUUCUAGCCAAGGCAAUUCAACAAGCUCUACGACGCAGCGCUGUCGAAAAAAAGCUAGACUCCAAACUAGCUUUGUAUCUGUGAAACCCAAUUAUCCAGUCGAAAGCUUCUACAGAAUACGUUUAUCAACCCCCAUUGCCGCUCAAUCUGCUGUACAACCAUCUCAAUCAAUCAUCAGUUUUGAUUUGCAAAGAUGCCUUUCAUUACAGACGAUCACUGGAUUUCCGCCCAGGCCACGAACUUCGAUUUAUCCGAACUCGAAGACUGCGCCAUCGGUGUCGAUGCGGCCUACUACCUCGCAAGCCUUUUGGAUCAUGCACCAGCUCACGAACCCCUCCUUUCUGCCCUCGGCGGCCUCACUAGCAUUGAAGCUCGUAUCAAUGAGAAUCUUGACUUGUGGAAAGAAAACAAAAUUGUUCCAUUCUUCAUCUUUGAUGGACAAUCAGUGGCCGGUCAGGAUGAAGUGGCCAUGAAGCGUGGUCGCAACGCCAACAAAAAGACAGACGAGGCGUGGAAGCUCUACUCGCAAAACUCUGGCGAAGAGGCCGUUGCUACAUUUGGUGCCAACCCAGGAGCUUUCAGACUGCAAAAUAUCUUCCCUUUGCUUCAGGCCAUUCUCAAGAAGCGGUCUCUGCACUUCUUGGUAGCGCCUUACAACGCUUGUGCACAGCUUGCCUACUUUGAGAUAAUUGACUCAGACCAAUGUGCGGCCGUUAUGGGCCCCCAAGAGCUUCUACUCUACCCCAUCAAAGAUUGUGUCAUUCGCAGCUUCGAUUGGAAGGCCAAGACCGUUUCCGCAAUCUCGAAGAAGCGAGCGUUGCGAACACUUGGUGUGAGCGAGUCCACUUUUACCGAUGCUCUGCUCAUGUCUGGUACAUCCUUCUUGCCUACAUUCCCAGCACUUUUGGACGGCGGUCUCUACCCUCAGGGCUUCAGCAUCAACGAAGCCGUCAAUCUGCUCCGCAUGUUUGAAAAGUCUGUCGCAAACGUGUGCUCCAACUUUAGUGACUUGUUGAAACAAGACCCGACCUGGUUGGAAAAGUACCAAAAGGCCAGACUUGCAGUUCAUCAUUUCAUUCACAUUUCAGAGACUGGCGAAAUUUGCGUUAACGACUACGAUCACUUGACUCAGGAUAACCACGAAUAUCUGGGCCUGCAACUUCCUGAGGAGCUGUUCCACUACCAGAACACUGGCUUGAUCGGAUCCAGAAUUCUGAACUGUAUAACACACAGUCAAAUCCUGAUUCAACCAACGCUUGAAGGUAGUGCCUCGGAUGAGUAUAAGAAGCUCGUUACAGAAAAGAUUGUGCCCAUCAAGGAACAAGCCCUCGGUUUGAUUAUCCCUCGGGUUCAUCGUGGCAUUGGUCACAAAAACAUCGUCAUGAAGGCCUGGUUCGAUCCCAAGUUUUCGUACACAAUCAACCACAGAGCUCUCCAACCCCAGCCGUCUGUUGUUGUUGGCUCCUGGGAUGUCAAGGAAGAUGACCUGCGAGAGGUUUUCCCUGCUGACUUUGCGGGACCUAUUUACCUGGAGGUCCUAGCCUUGGCCAACUCUGAUUUUGUUGCCAAAACAUUGACAAAGAGCAAGCUUAUCAAAGGAAUCGAUAGUGCCGAAAUGGUUGUCUCUGUUGCCAUCUGGAGAUUCCUCCAUCUCCGAGGCUACGUAAACGACGAGCAUAAGCUUACUAAAUGGGGCAAUGCUCUGGCGACAACGCUGCUGGCUCUCAAGGAUGCCAGUGAGGCUCACCCUGACACUCCUGCCCUUGAUGAAGCAGCCCUCCUCGCAUUUGAGCUGGUUAGACUGGAUGCGCUUCACGGUAAGCUUGCCGCCGAUGCCACAAGCGCCCCUCGCAAGGGUAGUGAGGAGGAUAAGGAGAGCCUCGCGCUUAUUAGCCGAUGUGCAUCGCUGCUCAAGCUCCGCCACCUUGUCUCUGGCUACACCGGCCCAUUGAACAAGACUCUCCUCAAUUUCCGUUCCAUGUCCACCGCGGUCCGCGAGGCCGAUCGCGAUCUUCUUGAGGCUAUUAUUGCGUCGAUGUUCUUGUACGGCCAAUGCCAACGUGAACGCGACGACUAUCUCGAGAUUGGCCAGAAGAUUCCUUUCCUUCAGGAGCCGGAUAUUGGCAUGGGCAUUGCUAUUUGGACGUUCUUGGAUGAAGACGAUGCUAGCCACUCCAAGGAAGAACGAGCCAAGCGACUUACUGAUUUCCCUCCCAACUUCCUUCCCCAUGCCGAGGCUUUAACAGAAGAUGUGCAAAUCUGCAUGGAAUUCUUCAAUGCGCUGAACCAAGGCCUACAGACGCUAGAUAACAAGGAGCUUCCUGCCACAACCAAGAAGGCGUGGGCGACGGCGCAGACAUAUCUGGAUGCACGCCCAUUCUAGGCCAUCCCACUCCCGAGACUAAUGCAUAUUUUUGGCAAUGUUUAUUAUUGUUUGGCGUAUGGCGAAUGACAAAUUUGACGCUUUGUAUUAAAAAGAAAAGAAAGUCGGAUGCAGCAUAUCAGCAAUGUUGGGAAGUAGGCUGUUUGACAAAGAUACAUAUUAAUGUACCUGUUUGUUUUACAGCCAUAAUACUCGUGUUGGAGAGAGGCGGUUUGAAGCGUGGACGAACACCGGUACAGGGCCAAGUUGGUGCGCAUAUUCUCGUCUCCAUACUUUACUUGGAGACAGCUACAGACAAAACAGAUAGCAGCAUCUAGAAUACCAGAUAAACACAUACCCUCACUUUGAAUGAUGGAAAAUAACCCUUUGGUAUUGAUAAUCA